UAGUGAAUGCACUUCCUGCUGGGCAGCCCUUCUUGUUAACUUUAUUUAAUGAAGAUUUAAGUGACAGUCUCUCUCUCUCUGCCUAGAAAGUCAGGCCCUUUUCUAUGGCUGGAAGAAGGCUCCAGCCGCAGCAGCAGCAGCAGCAGUGGGACAAACUGCUCACCUUCCAGCAUUUCCAGACUACUUCUCUCUCAAGGCACAGUUAUGGCUAUGACCAAGGCAGCAUGAAAGCAUUGAUAGAGGGUGAAUUCGGCAGAUUGAGAGGAAUUACAUACCUUGACCAUGCAGGAACCACCUUGUUUCCACAAAGUCUGCUAACAACCUUUAUGGAUGAUCUAACUAAAAAUAUUUAUGGUAAUCCUCACAGCCAGCAUAUCAGCAGCAAACUUACUUAUGACACUAUUGAACAUGUGCGGUAUAGGGUUUUGGAGCACUUUAAUACCACUUCUGAAGACUACAGUGUCAUUUUUACCUCAGGAAGCACAGCUGCACUCAGAUUAGUGGCAGAGGCUUUCCCAUGGAGGUCAGCUAGCUCCGGGAGCCAGGGGAGCAGGUUUUGUUACCUGACGGACAGCCACACGUCAGUGGUGGGCAUCAGGAAGGUAACUGAGGCAGUGCAAGUGUCAUCCAUGUCUGUGAAGCCAGAGGACAUUUUGUUGUCAGACAAAAGCAACAGAGCAGUUUAUGAACCAGCCUGCAAGACUCCUCACCUCUUCUGCUACCCAGCUCAGAGUAACUUUUCAGGAACUAGGUACCCUCUUUCUUGGAUAGAAAGGCUCAAGUCUGGGUCUUUGAGCCCCUUGACCACGCCAGGGGAGUGGUUUGUGUUACUCGAUGCAGCCUCCUACGUCAGCACCUCUCCCUUAGACCUGGCAGCCCACCCGGCCGACUUCGUCCCCAUCUCAUUUUACAAGAUCUUUGGAUUUCCCACCGGCUUAGGAGCAUUGCUGGUCAAUAAUCGAGUUACUCACCUCCUCCGGAAGACCUACUUUGGUGGAGGAACUGCUGCUGCGUACCUCGCUGGAGAAGAUUUUUAUGUUCCCAGAGAAUCUGUAUCGGAAAGGUUUGAAGAUGGUACAAUUUCUUUUCUUGACAUUAUAGCAUUGAAACAUGGAUUUGAUGUGCUAGAAAGACUGACAGGUGGAAUGGAAAACAUAAAACAACAUACUUUUGCCUUGGCUCACUACACCUACACAGUGCUGGUCUCUCUCCAAUACCCAAAUGGAGCACCUGUGAUUCAGAUUUAUAGUGAUACAGAAUUCAACAAUCCUGAGACUCAGGGUCCAAUCAUUAACUUUAAUGUGUUGGAUGACAAUGGAGACAUCAUUGGUUAUUCCCAGAUAGAAAAAAUGGCCAGCCUUCACAAUAUACACGUUCGGACUGGAUGUUUCUGUAAUACGGGGGCAUGCCAGAGGCACCUGAAGAUCAGCAAUGAGACCAUUAAAAAGAAUCUUCAGGCUGGUCAUAUCUGUGGGGAUGACAUAGAUAUCAUUGAUGGUCACCCCACUGGCUCAGUAAGAAUAUCAUUUGGUUACAUGUCAACUUUUGAAGAUGCUCAGACUUUUCUGAAGUUCAUAAUAGCAACCAGGUUAGGUAAAGCAGAUAGUAGACUUCCCUUCCCAGUGACUCCUGGGAAAACUGCUGCCAUAUCAGUAGAACCUGUGGAACAAGAUGCAAGGGUCAACAGGAAUGAACCUGGGAAAUGUCUUUGGGAAGAUGUCCUCCUCCAGGCUGAACUGAACAAUUCCUCUGUGACUGUGAAAAGCAUGGAUUUGCAAUCUUCUAAGACUGAGCCAGGAGAUGGCCAAAAUAUUGCUCCAUUGGUCUCUACAGCAGCACUAGAUGGAGGGUUCCCACCACCUACCAUCACCAACAUCUUUAUUUAUCCCAUCAAAUCUUGUGCUGCCUUGGAGGUUACCAAAUGGCCAAUUGGAAACCAAGGAUUGUUAUAUGAUCGAAAUUGGAUGGUGGUAAAUCACAAUGGAAUUUGCCUCAGUCAGAAGCAGGAGCCUCGACUCUGUUUAAUUAAACCCUUAAUAGACCUGAAGCAAAAGAUUAUGGUCCUCACAGCUGAAGGGAUGGAAUCUAUAGAUGUGCCUCUAGAUGAAAAUAGUGGAGAAGAGUAUCAGAUUUGUCAGAGCAAAGUCUGUACAGACAGGGUAAAUACAUAUGAUUGUGGGGAAAAAAUUUCACAUUGGUUAUAAUUUUUUGGCCGUCAUUGUCGUUUGAUCAAACAGAGUUCAGAUUUCAACAGAAGUGCAAAUAAAAAACAUAGAAAAGAUUUAUCUCAUUUUACAACAGCCUCCCUUUCUUUGGUAAAUGAAGCACAGUAUCUCCUGAUAAACCGAGCUAGUAUUUUAGAGCUUCAUCAGCUGUUAAAUGCAAGUGAUGAAAAUAGAACAGAAGAAUUAUUGUCAAUGAGGGAGCUAAUUCAACGUUUCCGUGCCAACAUAGUUAUCAAUGGAACUAAAGCUUUCGAAGAAGAGAAAUGGGAUGCGAUUUCUAUUGGCACCCUAAAUUUUCUGGUGUUAGGACCAUGUCACAGGUGCCAAAUGAUUUGCAUUGAUCAACAAACUGGAGAAAGAAACCAAGAUGUAUUUCAAACACUUUCCUCUACUAGAGAGAGGAAGGUUAACUUUGGGGUAUACUUGAUGCAUGAAUCUUCAGACUCAUCUUCAACAUAUUUCCUCUCAGUGGGAUCACAGUUGCUUCCUGUUUUAAAAGAUACAAUAAGCUCUCCAUCAAGCUCUUGAGGAGUGGUCUGACAUCAAAAUGAUAACAUCUGAGGCAACAUUUGUAGGCACAAAUUGAAUCUUUCUUAGCUGACUCCAUGACAGUUUGUAAAUCAUUCUUCAAAACAUACUGUUAAUUUGGUUCCUCAAAAAGUGCUCUUAAAAAGAAAAUGGGUUAGUCUGCUUCUACAAAGGAUAGGAGCUUUUUCCUCCCCUGAACGACACCCCAGUGAUAUCCAGAAUAGAUUUAUACUGUUGGAAUAGGGGAAUGAGAUGGAGAAGACAAUUAGGCUAAAAAUUCCUUGUAAUUUGAGGUUACAAAUGCAAAUAUAUACUUCACUAUUUUGAAACAAGCAGAAUUAAUUUAUAUUUUUGCUAAUAUUGCACAUUGUGGUAUUUUCUUGCUUUAUAAUUUCAGGGCUCUUUCUUUUACCAUUAUGUCCUUUUUAUCAAAGAGAGUAUUUAAGUAUCAUCCUGGGUUGAGAUGAUAGGAAGAUUGCCUUGGUCCUUUUUCUGUAUCCUUCAUUUCAGGGAGACAUGUGUCCACUUGAAGCAGGGGAUGAUCAACAGCCAAAUUCUUAGCUUCACAGUAACAAACAGAGAAGUUCAACUCAGAACAUUAUGUUUUUGUUUAGUCCCCCAGUGAGUCUAGUAAACAAAUCAAAGAAGGAUUCUUUUAUUACUUUCCUUAUUCUUUGCUGUAUUCCAAACCUGUCACAUUCUUUUUAUGUCUGUGUCCCUGCUGUAGUCAUACAAAGGGCUAUAGGUCCUGCCCAAAGGAAGAAGAACCAUUUUCUCUCCUACAUGUUGACAUACAGACUGAUUCUACUAACCAGAGAAAACAGUCAUCUGGUCUAAAAUCAUCUCUAUAAUUCCCUCUAUGACAUUUCUAGGAUAUGGCUUAUGCAAUCUUUACUUAAAUACUCACACUUUGCAAGGAAGGAAACUUGUUCCUUUGUAGGACAGGUCUGUUAUUUAGAAAAUUAUUAUGUUGAGUUAUGCCUUCUUAUACUGAAUUCUUAUGCUGCCUUCUUAUAAUUCCUUCCCAUUAGUCUUAGUCCCUAACCUAAGGCACACUGUCCAAGGCAAAUUCUUCUUUGACUUAUAUUGACCAUUGAUAAACACAACUUAGUCAUGUUAGCCUUUCCCAUUUCUAAAACAUUCUAUACCUACUGGAUAAAUAUUCCAAAAACUAUUUUCAGCAUGUUACUUCCCUCCUUAAGAACCCACAAUGACUUCCUAUUUUCUAUCAAACUCCUCUACUUUUUGGUUUUAAAGAAACUUUUUAAUCAGAUUCAAUUUGUUGACUUUUGAAAAUUGUAAUUAAAUAUUUAACAGACAAAAUUACAUUCAAAUCUUGGCCAUACAGAGCCUUCCCUUCUAUGAGUACAUUUCAAUCUUCUCUCGAUAUAAGAUAUAGCGAUAAGAUAAGCUAUAUCUUAUAUCUGAAUAUAACACUGUAUAUGUACUUAUGUAUCUUGUAUCUAUCUAAGUACAUAAAAGUUGUCUCCCCACUUUAGAAUAGAAGUUCCUUAAGGGUACAGAUUAGUUUUGCCUUUUAAAAAACAUUCUCUGGGGAAGCUAAGUUUUGCAGUGAACAGUGCAUUAGUCAGGGGGACCUGAGUUCAAAUGUGCCCUCAGACACUUAAGACAUCUUAGCUGUGUGACCCUGGGCAAGUCACUUAACCCCAAUUGCCUCAGGGAAAAAAACCCUCAAUGUUAAAUAUAGUACCUGGCAUUAAGUAAGUGCUUAAUAAAUGUUUUUUAAUUAAUUCUAUUGCAGUGAAUAUGGAUAUGUCUUUGUCAGAUAAUUAUCUUGGUCCACUAUUAACCUAUUAGCUUUACACAGAGGAAAACCAUUCCUUAGUUAUGAAGUACCUCUUCUCCUUGACCAGGUAUGUCACAAAUAUCUGCUAGACUAAGUGAAAGGGGCCUGUCCUACAAAAAGUGGGUCAGCAGUUUUAUACAUUAAGAACAACACAUUUAUAUUUUUUCCACAUUCAUUAUAGACAUUUCAAUCACCCCCUUUAUUGUGCUUUUUAAAAGCUUAAAUUUUAAAAUCUUGCUUGUAUAAUAAUCUUAAUAAUAAUAAUAAUCUUGUAUAAUCUUUAUUGUAUAAUAAAAAAUAAAUUUUCCAAAAUGUCCAUUUUUUCUGUAAUGCAGAUGUUUUAUUGUUCUUUGCAAAAGGGUUUAAGAUUAAUUUUUUUCUAUUUCAUGAAAUAGCCAAAAAAAAUACUAACAGCAAAAUAAUUGUAACCUCUAUAGCCAACAAAGAUCUCUUGCAAUAAUGCCAUGGGAUAGAUAGUACAAACACUAAUACUUUCAUUUUAAAGAUCAGGAAACUGAGGUACAAAAAAGUUGAGCUUCAUUCACAUUUAUGAUGCCAGUAAAUGUUGGUAAGAAUCUUACUAAACUUCUAAUUUUAAGAAAAUUUCCCAAAGCUAUAAAUUCCUUUCAUUUUAUUAGUUACUACUUUUGUGAGUAAGAUUUCCUAGGGAGAACUUUACAAUAGGAAAUCUAGGUCAAUACUACUUAUACAAAUUAAAUCCAAUGUCAUUUGAAAAACCAAAAUUUUAAUACAUGGAGGGCCAUUUUUCAUAUACGAUGAGUUGACUUCUGCCAUUUAAAUCUUUCAUGCUGAGACCCAGCCUAAUUAUUGACCAGGGAAUGGCAGUGAGGGCAGAGAAUUAGAGUAUAUCAAUUAGCAUGAACAUAUUUCUGUUGACAGAUUAUACAAACAAUUUUUACUUUGGACAUUAUAAAAGCAAGAGAUCUUAGAGAUCCAAAUUGAUGAGAGAGGUCCUAAAGCUUGACCAAUGGAUCAAUACUGAGAUCAGGAAGUGAUUUGUUCCUGUAAUUCAAAAUAAGAUGUCCAAUAGCCAUUAGCCCUAAAAAAAGUUACAGAAUUACAUAAUCUUAGAGUUAAAAAAUUACCUAGCUAUAUCUGAAAAAAAAUUUCAUUACAGCACUCACAAGAAGUACUCUAGUUUUUGCCUAAAAACUUUUAAUGGGAGGGAAGAUCCACUGCCUCCUAAAUCAGCCAAUUCCAGUUUUUGAGUGCUAUGAUUAUGAAGUAGUUUUUUCUGACUUCAAGCCUAAAUUUACUUCUUGCAAUUCUCAUUCAUUUCUAUUAGUGUGGUCCUCUGAUAUCAAGCAGAACCCACAAUGACUUCCUAUUUUCUAUCAAACUCCCAAACUCAGCCCUUGCUUUUACCUUCCCCCCCUAUCACCCCACUAAUAUUUCAUCCUUUCCUCCAGUCUUUGAUGAAGAAGUGGACCUUCUCCUUUACAUAGCCACCUUAUCUCUAUGUACUUGAUAUCUUUCAGCAGAUUAUUCCCUAAAUCAUCUCUCUCAAUUCUAAAAUUCAGUCUUUCUCCAUCUACUAGUUCCUUUCCUAUUGCCUCCAAAUACACUCAGUAUUCCUCUAUCCUUAAUAAAUUCUGAUGUGAUCCUACCUCCAUUUAAGUUGUCCCACUGUAGCUCUUUUCAAUUUCUAGGCUAAGCACCUUAAAAAAAGCUCUUUGUUUCAACCAUUCAGUCUACUUGGCUUCUUUCAAAUUUCAGUUUAAAUUCCACCUUCUACAGAAAUUCUUUCCAAAGCCCUCUUGAUUACCAACUUAUCCCCUUUAUUUACAAUUUAUCCCACCUUUAAUAUAGUUUGUUUAUAUAUUCUUACAUCUGCUUGUCUCCUUGAUUAGACUGUUAAUUCCUCAAGAGCAGGAAUUGUCUUUUUCUUUUCUUCUUUUUUUAUUGUAGCCAUUGUGCUUUUCUCAGUGCCUGGCACACAGUAGGUACUUAAAAAUAUUUAACUGACUGCAAGCUCUCUGAAGACAGGACCUGUAUUUACUUUCUGUAUUUGUAUCUUUAGUGAGUAACAAAGUGGUUGGCACAUAAUAAAUGCUUAUUCAUUCAUUUAUUCAAUCAAUAGUUUGAUGUGUCAGAAACAGUACUAAGUACUGGGAAAACAAAAAAAAAAUUCCAGUCUCUGACUUCAAGGAACUUAUAUUCUGUUGGAAAGAGAUCAUUUAUAUAGUUAUAAGGAAGAGUAGGGAUCGAUUGAGUCAAUUAGCAAAAUCAACAAUAAUUAAGAUAACCAACAAAAUACUUUAGCCCUGAUUCUUUUUUCAGGUGAGAUGACUAUUACCCAAUCAAUUAAAGGCAUUUCAGCUAGGUGAACAACAAUUCCAAAAACACAUGUUGGUAUUGACUGAGAAGACCCCAUCCUGCUCUGGAGGUUUACUAUAAAAUAGUUGAAAACCCAAACAUUUUAGUGUUUGAACAGUGAGUGGUGGGAACAGUGUUUUCCUUUAUAGAAGACAAAAACUAGUCUCUCAGAUCAUUUUGAUGUCCCCUUUACAUUUGUUCUGUCUGGACACCUCCUGGUGUCCAGCCUUCCCCCAACUUUCCUGCCUCCUUUUAUGUGUCUCCUCCUUUAGAUAGUAAGCUUAUUUAGGGCAGGGAUUGUCUUUCUUUUCAUAAAUUGUAUCCCCAGCACUUAGCCCAGUGCCUGUUUUGGCAUAGAUGCUUAAUAAACGUUUAUUGGAUUGGAUUAAAACAGUCAAAUCCCAGAGAGGGAAACAUUUCAGUGGGGAGAGGGAAAGAGAGAUGCCCCCUCUUACCUCCUUGUUUAGAAGACAACCUGGUGAACUUCAAUGACAACCUAGAAGUGUCUCUUGGAACAACAAUAAGGAGUAGCAGUGUCUGCAUUUAAAGCAUAGACAUGCUGAGGAGAUAAAACUUCAGUAUUCUUAAAGGACCCAAACAGAAAAACAGUAUUAUAUCUAAAGCAUGAGGGAUCCAUGAAGGGAAAAAAGGAAUUUUUUACCAAAAGAAAUUGCCAGAACAUGGCUUUUUUCAACAACGAGGUGAUUCAGGACAAUUCUAAUAGACUUGUGAUGGAGAGAGCCAUCUGCAUCCAGAAAGAGGAAUAUGGGGACUGAUUGUGGAUCACAACAGAGUAUUUUCACCUUUUUUAUUGUUUGCUUGUUUUUUUCUUUCUCAUUUUCUUUUCUUUUUGAGCUGAUUUUUCUUGUGCAGUAUAAUAAUUGUGGAAAUAUGUGCAGAAGAAGUGCACAUGUUUAACAUAUAUUGGAUUACUUGCUAUCUAAGGGAGGGGGUAAGGGAGAGAGAAAAAAAUUUGGAAUAUAAGAUUUUACAAGGAUAAAUGUUGAAAACUAUCUAUUCAUAUAUUUUGAAAAUAAAAAAACUAAAAAGACAGAAAGGAAAAAAAACUUGCCAGAGUUGUGUUACCAGUUUGCCAGAGUGCUCUCCAAAUUUGAGCCCAUUCUUUUUAGAGAAUGAGGUAGUCUUAAAAGAAUGUGGGUUCUUGAUUUCAGAUAUUUGUGUAAUUUGUGUUAAUUGUUUUCAUCCUCAACCUACAAAACAAAUAAAAUGGACAUUUCAAUAUGCAAAACUAACAGAGGAAGAGGAUUGUAUAUGAAACUUCAGGUCUCUAUCAUGUACAGCUUGCUUUUCUUUUAAAUAUAUAAUGAAUUCAAUACACAACUGUCAAAACUA